AAUUGUUAUGAUGCAAUGGUGUGUUUUUUGCAUUUCGUUGCAGAAGGGGGGGGGGGGUAUAUAAAGCCAGAGGUGGUGAGUCAUGGCAACAUUCCACCUCUAGCCUUAGGUGGAGAAGGGCCAUAUAAUUUGCUGACUGAUCCCACCAUCCUCUUUCCUCACCUUCUCCGCAUCCUUUUUCUCCUCCGUUGCUUCCUUGAAAAUAUGAAGUCGCUCCUGGUCCUGGCUGCCACCAUCACCCUGUUGAUAGCCUUUGUUGAUGGACGUGGCGGCGGACAUGGCGGCGGACACGGCGGCGGACGUGGCGGACGCGGUGGACGUGGGGGCGGACAUGGUGGCGGAUACGGACACGGACAUGGGUUUGGCGGCGGACUCGGACAUAGUAGCUUUGGCGGUGAAGGCCUUGGAUAUAGUGGCUUCAGAUAUGGCGGUUUGGGAUAUGGCGGCGGCGGUCUUGGGCAUAUUGGCCGCGGUGGAUCACCCUUUGGCCGCGGGCACGUGAACCUCUUCUUCCGCUAAACACAAAACCGGCGCCCCGACAGUGAGGAGGAGCGCCGACAGCUUCUCUAUACAAAUGUAUGUCCACGCACUACGAAUAAAAGUGAGAUUGGAAGCA